GAGUCUUCCUUCCCACGCGGCCGCAUCGUCGCCCAAAUUCCCCAACUCACCACACGGCCACGGCUGCUGUUUGCCGACGACGACUCGUGCGGCGGCGAUGGGAGGGGGAGACGCCAGCAGCGGCGGCGGCGACGGGCCGGAGCAGGAGCGGAGGCGGGCUGCUGCGGCGGCCUACAACUACGAGGGCGACGCGCGCUGGGCGGUGUACUGGUCCAACGUCCUCGUGCCCCCGCACCUCGCCUCCCGCCCCGUCGUCGUCGACCACUACAAGCGCAAGUUCUACCAGCGAUACAUCGAUCGUGAGUUAGUGGUUGAGCCGAUGACAUUGACUGGUUCUACACCGCCAAGCAGACCAGAAGUAAGGUCUUCAUCUUCCUCGUCCAGUGAGAAUGUCAGGGCCCGUAGUUCAGGAUCAAGUUCCAGAUCAGCUGCACCACCACCACCACCGCCACAAACAGACAGUGCUACAAAUCCUUUGCGGUUUGAUGCACGGACCAUACACUUCUCCAUUAAUGCUUGGGUACUUGUUGUUGCUGGUCUGGGGAUGCUUCCAAUUUUGCCAAAACAUCUUGCAGACAGAGCCUGUAAACUUUCACUGCUGGGAACAAUAUUCUCAUCUGCGUAUUCUCUAUACAGCACUUAUGGGAAACCAAGAGCAUGGAACAUGCCUGCAGUUCAGGGUUGGUUGCAAUCUGUACUUGGAACCAAGGAUUUUAUCCAUUUGAUGUUCUCUCUUAUGCUCUUCACGUCUCAGUUGCACUUAAAGAUUGCCGCACUGCCUGUGUUCUGCUGGGCACUUGAUCAUGUUGCUCGAUUUUUAAGGCGUAAUUUCGCUCGCUCAUCCUUUUAUAGGAGGUACUUGGAGGAACCUUGCCUUUGGGUAGAGACAAAUAACACUACACUCAGUCUCCUCAGUUCAAAUGCUGAGAUUGCCUUGGGUUUUCUUCUGAUCAUAUCACUUUUCUCGUGGCGACGUAGCAUAAUUCAGACGUUCAUGUACUGGCAUGUGUUGAAGCUGAUGUACCAUGCUCCUGUAACUACUAGCUAUCACCAGAGCGUGUGGGCAAAAAUUGGCCGGAUUGUCAACCCGUACAUCCAUCGCUAUGCACCCUUCCUCAACACACCCAUUUCUGCGGCCCAGAGAUGGUGGCUCAGGUAGCAAGGCAGGGGGCAGAAUCAUGAUAUUUGCGGAUCUGAUCAUGCGGAGAACGUUUUAAAGAGCCAUUACAAACAUAGCACUUCGUUGCUCUCGUUGUCAUGGAGCUUGGUGCAUUUUAAAACAACUCCUGCAAGUAGUUCCCUUUUGCAUUGGCAAAUACUUUGAGGUUAAUAUUGACACAAGAACGGUGUUGUAACCUGUAAACCACCCUUGAAGGCCUUUAUCAUCACCGUAAUAUUUUGAUCA